AUGAGAUCCACGGUUGCUGGUAAUUUGAUAACAGAAUUCAAAAUCAAUGAUCAAGCCACCGUGAGCAUGCUUCAGUUUGCCGACGACACUCUACUUAUAGGAGAUGGUUUUGUUACAAACAUUUGGGCAUUCAAGGCUAUUCUGCGGGCGUUUGAAUUAAUUUUUGGUCUAAAAAUUAAUUUCUCUAAAAGAUGUCUCUAUGGGAUAGGAGUAGAUCCUGCUUAUCUUGAAGCUACUGAAGCGUUUUUGCACUGUAAAUCCGACAGACUGCCGUUCAAUUUUCUUGGUCUUACUGUUGGAGGAAACCAUUGUCGUUACUCCUUUUGGAACCUGAUGUUGUCUUGCUUGAGGAACAAGCUCUCAAACUGGGCUGGGAGAAAUUUGUCAAUGGGAGGUAGAGUAUCCCUCAUUAAUUCGGUUAUAGCUAACCUGCCUAUACAUCAUUUGGCUUUUUACAAGGCUCCCAAAAAAGUAGUGAACGAAAUUAUCGCAAUCCAACGUUGGUUUUUAUGGGUUGGGAAUUCUAGCAAAAAAUUCAUCUCUUGGAUAUCUUGGAACUCAUUCUACAAACUGAAGGAUCACGGAGGUCUUGAAAUUUAA